AUGGCAUGCCGUACGAGUGCGGACGCGGGGCGCGAAGCACCUCGUGUACGAGACGAGCCUGCUAGUAUGGAGCACUUACAGAUGCAUCUGGAGUGUGCAAUUACUACCUACAAGUACACAUCCAUGCAAGGCACAGUACGAACAGCGGGGAAGCAUCUCGACCAGGAAUGCAGAAGCGAGCUCCAGUGGGAGGCAGAUUCACAGCCCGGAAGUCGAGGACAGGACCUAGACCACUCUCUGCAUGCUGAUCGUUUCAGCUGGGUUGCCAAGGCAAGGGCCAUGUGA